AUGGAAUUUGGACACAAGCAUCUCAACAUCCUUGUUCUACAAGCUGCAUCACUGAGCGAACAUGCACAUUUUGUUAUGAAAACUUCUGUAAAGAAGGUUUACCGGAGGGAGAAUAGGGGGAGAACAGAAUAUAAGAAUCCCAAAGAGUGGAAGAAGACUUCCAAUAACGAUACCAUUGAUCAUGUCUGUCGUGGACGCUGA